GUGACGAGCCGUAUAUUAGCAACACGGCAGACAUCUUGGAUUCAGAAAAGCUUCUUGAGAAAGCUAAACAGAGUUUGCUCCAUAAACAACUAUGGCUCUUCCUUUCCUUCCAGGACAAGUUUUCGACCGCAAGAUUGGCAAGACAAAAUUUCACAAAUCACAUCAAUUUGAUUAUCGGAAUGAUGUAUCAGUUUAUGUUGGAGAAGCUAAAAGUGGAAUCGGAGGGGAUCCAUUACCAGGACAAAAGCUUAAACCAAGACACAGUGGUUAUCCGAAAGGAAUUGGUGGAGAGGCCCCAGCUUGGGUUGCAUUUGACAGACAGGUUUUGUGCUUUGAUGCUUACUUCCAAGAAGCUGUGCAUGAGAAACGUGAGGAGCAAUAUAGGAUAAGGAGAUGCAAAAUAUACUUUUAUUUGGAGGAUGAUAGCAUUCAGGUGAUUGAGCCCAAAGUUGAAAAUAGUGGAAUUCCUCAAGGAACUCUGAUUCGCCGUCAUCGCAUUCCACUUCCUCCACCCAAUGACGAAGAAUUUUACACUGUGGAGAACUUUAAUGUUGGUCAAGAAAUCAUGCUGUACUCACGCACCUUUAAAAUCACUGGAUGUGAUGAUUUCACUCACAAUUUCCUCCGUAAACUUGGAGUCAGAAUCAAUAACCCAGAAAACAUUCCAGGAGAUCCAUACACCGAUCACCGCAAAAAGUUGGUGGAGAGUAUGCAGCCUUUGCGACCAUACGAAAAGGAAGACACCCUUAAGCAGUUUCUGCAGUUUGAUCGUAAUGUACUGCGAUUCUUCUGUGUCUGGGAUGACUGUGACAGUAUGUUUGGUGAUGCUCGUGAAAUGGAGUUACAUUAUUUCCUUGCUGAUGAUACUGUGGAGAUCUGUGAACGCAUUCCUAACAAUAGUGGUAGAGAUGCAGUACCUAUGUUUCUGCGACGGCAACGACUACCAAAGGAACCUACAUCACUGCGACAACCAGGAGAGAUUACUGGCAGAACAGUGUUAAAUGUGUUUGGACCCAUGGGACAUGGAGGGAGAUGGAUUCUUGAUAGCUUGAAGACUGGUGCAGUCCAUACAGAUUAUUAUCAUGACAGUGACCUCACUCUAGGCACUGUUCUCAAUGUGUGGGGCCGCAAAUUCCGUAUCUGUGACUGUGACGAGUUUACAAAGGAGUAUUACAAGUCAAAAUAUGGGCUUCAGGAAUUUGAAAAUAUCAAAUACAAAGCAGACCCGCUGCCCCUGCCGGCACGUGAGAUCCCCCCAUACAAUGGAUUUGGCUCUGAGGAAGACUCACUUGCCACAUGUCUCAGUCUCAGACCCAAGCCUACUCGAAGGGAUUUCAAGAAGUUUAUGGAAAAAGACAGACACGGUCUUGAGAGCAAUGUUCUUCGGUUUGUUGCCCGUCUGGACACAACACGGCCCAUUGAUAUGGAUAGAAGAUUCAUCAUCUCUUACUUCCUCUCUGAUGACACUGUUCUUGUGUUUGAACCACCCCAGAGGAACUCUGGGAUAUUGGGCGGCAAGUUUUUGGAACGAGGACGUAUCAAGAAACCUGAUGACAUUAAUUAUUUUAUCGCUCAAGACUUAUACAUCGGAGCAAAUGUUGAGUUCCACAAAUACAAGUUUAUCCUGAUUGACGCAGAUGAAUAUGCUGUGGAUUAUAUGGAGAAACACUCGGCUGAGUUCCCUCAGGCCAACGUUCAUUUUAUUCUUCCAAAACUGAAGCAGAUCCUUGAACAGAAGUACGAAGAAAUCAAAUCUGAAUUCCAGGAACACGAUCCAAACAAUUCUGGCAAAAUACGCGCUAGCAGUUUCAGGGAAAUCCUAGACAAGUUUGGACGAGGUCUGCUGACUGUGCAUGAACAGCUUACAGUGUCUAGAUACUUUGGAGAUUAUAAGGAAGAAGAAGAUGAUCUUCAGAUGUUAGUGGUGGCUAUUCAGGAACAACUGAGGAAAGCUAACUUUGAGGACUUCUCCAACAUGAUGGACUCUUGCAGACACGAAGAUGUGCUCGGCACUGGAUACCUUCCUCUGCAAGAACUCCACAACACUUGUAAACGGUUCAAUGUGCCUGCCAAGCACGACUUACUAGAGGCCGUCUUACAAAAGGUUGAACGAAACGACAGGAACGAGGCAAACUACGAACAGUUUCUACAACUUCUUAACUGGAGGGACUCGCCAGUUACAACCCAGAAGUUCGUGCCGGCUGCAGCUCCAGAUCCGAAAUCUACGCAGCGAAUUGGUCCGCAGGAGUUUGUUCGGUUAGUAAGUUACAAGGAUCUUUUACAAAGUCUUCUUGAAGUGGAUUGAACUUGGAUCAAAGACGAUUCUUACCUGAGUUUAUAUUGCAAUGGUGCAACUUCUUUACAAGUCCAAGAGUGCUAUAAGCCUUAGAAAUGGAGACACUAUAAUUGAACAGACUUGUAGAAAAAGACGCGUACGGCAAGAUUCCUGGAUUUUACUGUAAAUAAGUCUGUUAAUAUUGUUAAAAAUGGAGUUUUGUCCUUUGUAAGAAAUAAAACUGAAUUUAAAAAAAAAACAUUUGCCACU